CUACGAUUCAACACUCCCGGCCUAGCCGAGACGCUUCUGAUCUGCUAGCGGAGGUUUUAAAUCGCCGAGUACUGAGGCACCCGCUUCGUCGCUGUCUAGGGCUCCCCAGAACUGAAAUCUCAAGAAGAUUCACCCUUUCGUGUUUCCUUGCGCGUCCCUCGAGUAUGAGAGAUGAAGAUCAGGGACCUGUGGAACCCGGGGCUUCGGGGUGUUCAAAAACAGCCCUUUCUCUGCCUCACAACAGUCUUGCGCUAUAGCUGUUUUAUUACCCCUAUUUUACAGAGGAGGAAAUUUGAGUCUCAAUGCGAAGUGACUUGCCCAACGUCACAAGCAGAGAAGAUGGCGGAACCUGGAUUAGAGCGCAAGCCACCUAACUUCUGGCCUGGACUUGCCUCUUAUCAUGGGGGUGUCGGAGUGUGUUCUCUGUCCCAGAAACACUAGCACGACCCAGCUAGAAACGCGGUGUCUCCGGCAGGUACCGCCAAGAAACCUUCCUCACCACCCGGGGCAAAACUCCCCGUUGCUGCGAGGCGGCAGGAGGCGGGGCGCAGUGCCCAACGCCAGGAUUUGGACCCCACCUUCUUCGGAGUCGCGGCAGGCGCUUCAGCCCCUGCGUUGUGAUUGGCCGGUUUCUCCAGCGAGCGUCGCCAUUGGUCCCCUUGCAGCCGUUGAGUUUUGAACUCUGUGUUGGUGGCUUCGCCCGCGCGCUGCCUAGCGCAGAGGCGGGAUUUUCCCUCUGCGCGGCCGGGAUUGGCCAGUUCCGCGGCCCGCUGAAAAGCCGCCUUGCUGAUUGGUGCGUAUUGUGCAGUUCGUGUUUUUUCCUUUGAUUUCGGUGCUAAGACACGAGUCCUAAGAGCGGCGGGUGAGGGGCUCGAAUAAGCCCUGUGAGCCAGUGAGAGAAGGAUGUCUCCCCCACUGUAUGAGUUCCAUCUGCCCUUAUGCCCAGAGGAGUUGCUGAAAAGUGGUGGGGUGAAUCAAUAUGUUGUGCAAGAGAUACUAUCCAUCAGACAUCUUCCAUCACAGCUUAGAGCAUUUCAGACUGCUUUCCGAGCCCAGGGACCCCUGGCUAUGCUGGAGCACUUUGAUACUGUCUACAGCAUUUUACAUCACUUUAGAAGUAUAGAUCCUGGCCUCAAGGAAGAUACUCUGGAAUUCCUGAUAAAAGUGGUAUCCCGCCACUCCCAGGAACUUCCAACUAUUCUGGAUGAUGCAACAUUAAGUGUAUCAGAUAGAAGCGCUCACCUCAACACCCUCAAAAUGAACUGCUAUGCUCUGAUCCGCCUUUUGGAAUCCUUUGAGACCAUGACCAGCGAGACAAUCCUCAUGGACCUUGGUGGGAAGGGUAAGAAAAGCCGGAUCAAGGCAGCCCAUGGCUUUGACUGGGAAGAGGAAAGGCAACCAGUUCUUCAACUUUUAACACAGCUGCUCCAGUUGGACAUUCGUCAUUUGUGGAACCACUCAAUAAUUGAAGAGGAAUUUGUCAGUUUGGUUACUGGCUGCUGCUACCGCCUCCUGGAGAACCCCACCAUUAGUCACCAGAAGAACCGCCCCACCCGGGAAGCUGUAACACACCUGCUUGGUGUGGCCCUGACACGUUACAACCAUAUGCUCAGUGCCACUGUGAAGAUUAUCCAGAUGUUGCAGCACUUUGAACACCUGGCACCUGUACUGGUGGCAGCUGUGAGUCUGUGGGCAACUGAUUAUGGAAUGAAGAGCAUAGUGGGAGAGAUUGUAAGAGAGAUUGGACAAAAGUGUCCCCAGGAGCUGAGUCGGGACCCUUUAGGGGCAAAGGGUUUUGCAGCUUUCCUGACAGAAUUAGCAGAACGUGUCCCAGCUAUCCUGAUGUCCAACAUGUGCGUUUUGCUAGAUCAUCUGGAUGGGGAGAAUUACGUGAUGCGCAAUGCUGUGCUGGCAGCCAUGGCAGAGAUGGUGCUGCAGGUUCUGAAUGGUGAUCAACUAGAGGAAGCAGCCCGAGACACUAGAGACCAGUUCUUGGACACCCUGCAAGCCCAUGGCCAUGAUAUCAACUCCUUUGUGCGGAGUCGUGUUUUGCAGCUCUUCACCCGAAUCGUCCAGCAGAAAGCUCUCCCCCUGACACGUUUCCAGGCAGUGGUAGCCUUAGCAGUGGGACGUCUAGCAGACAAGUCGGUGCUAGUAUGUAAAAAUGCCAUCCAGCUGCUGGCUAGUUUUCUAGCCAAUAAUCCCUUUUCCUGCAAGCUCAGUGACACUGACCUUGCUGGACCACUGCAGAAGGAGACACAAAAAUUACAGGAGAUGAGGGCCCAGAGGCGAACUGUAGCCACUGCUGCUGUGCUGGACCCAGAGGAGGAGUGGGAAGCCAUGCUGCCAGAGUUAAAGUCUACCCUGAAGCAACUUCUAAAGCUUCCCCAGGAAGAAGAGAUUUCUGAGGAAAUUGCAAAAACAGAGACCGUUGAAGAGGUCGAAGGACAUAUCCGUCAGCUGCUUGCCAAAGCUAGUUACAAGCAUGCCAUCAUUCUCACCCGCGAAGCCAUAGGCCACUUCCCUGAGUCCAAACUCUUCAGUCAUAUGGACCCAGAGGAGUCAGAGGAGACCAGGUACCUGAAUCUCCUGGGAAGUAUCUUCAAAGGCCCAGCAGCUUCCACAGAGGAGAAGAAUCCCCAGAAGCUUGCAGAGGACAGGGACUCAGGACAGACUGUCUGUAAGGACAAACUCAGUGUGUUAGAGCCUGACAAAUCCAGAGAAAAUGAUGACCUGGUAAAGCAGGAGAUGCUGGUGCAGUAUCUACAGGACGCCUACAGCUUCUCUCGGAAGAUUACAGAGGCCAUUGGCAUCAUCAGCAAGAUGAUGUAUGAACACACAACUACAGUGGUACAGGAAGUGAUUGAAUUUUUCGUAAUGGUGUCCCAAUUUGGGGUGCCCCAGGCCCUGUUUGGGGUGCGCCGCAUGCUGCCUCUCAUUUGGUCUAAGGAGCCUGGUGUCCGGGAAGCUGUGCUCAAUGCCUACCGCCAGCUCUACCUCAACCCCAAGGGGGACUCCGCCAGAGCCAAGGCCCAGGCUUUGAUUCAGAAUCUCUCUUUGCUGCUAGUGGAUGCCUCAGUUGGGACCAUUCAGUGUCUUGAGGAAAUUCUCUGUGAGUUUGUGCAGAAGGAUGAAUUGAAACCAUCAGUGACCCAAAUGCUGUGGGAGCGUGCAACUGAGAAGGUCCCCUGCUCUGCUCUGGAGCGCUGCUCCGCCAUCAUGCUUCUUGGGAUGAUGGCACGAGGAAAACCAGAAAUUGUGGGAAGCAACUUAGACACACUGGUAAGCAUAGGGCUGGAUGAGAAGUUUCCACAGGACUACCGGCUGGCCCAACAGGUGUGCCAUGUUAUUGCCAACAUCUCUGACAGGAGAAAGCCUUCUCUCGGCAAACGUCACCCUCCCUUCCGACUGCCUCAAGAACACAGAUUGUUUGAGCAGCUACGGGAGAUGGUCACAAAAGGUUUUGUCCACCCAGACCCACUUUGGAUCCCAUUCAAAGAGGUGGCAGUGACCCUCAUUUACCAGCUGGCAGAGGGCCCCGAGGUGAUCUGUGCCCAGAUAUUGCAGGGCUGUGCAAAGCAAGCCCUGGAGAAGCUGGAGGAGAAGAGCACCACCCAGGAGGACCCGAAGGAGAUCCCCAUGCUCCCCACUUUCCUGUUGAUGAACCUGCUGUCUCUGGCUGGGGACGUAGCUCUGCAGCAGCUGGUACAUUUGGAACAGGCAAUAAGUGGAGAGCUCUGUCGCCGCCGAGUUCUUCGGGAGGAACAGGAGCACAAGACUAAAGAUCCAAAGGAGAAGAAUAAUAGCUCUGAGACUGCCAUGGAGGAGGAGCUGGGGCUGGUUGGGACCAGUGCAGAUGACACAGAGGGAGAACUGAUCCGUAACAUCUGCGAGGUGGAACUGUUGGAUGGCAAACAGGUACUGGCUGCCUUUGUUCCACUUCUGCUUAAAGUCUGUAACAACCCGGGCCUCUAUAGCAACCCAGAUCUCUCUGCAGCUGCUUCACUUGCCCUUGGCAAGUUCUGCAUGAUCAGUGCCACUUUCUGUGACUCCCAGCUUCGUCUUCUGUUCACCAUGCUAGAAAAGUCCUCACUCCCCAUUGUCCGGUCUAACCUCAUGGUAGCCACUGGGGAUCUGGCCAUCCGCUUCCCCAACCUGGUCGACCCCUGGACACCUCACCUGUAUGCUCGCCUGCGGGACCCAGCUCAGCAAGUGCGGAAAACGGCAGGACUGGUGAUGACGCACCUGAUCCUGAAGGACAUGGUGAAGGUGAAGGGGCAGGUCAGUGAGAUGGCCGUGCUGCUCAUUGACCCUGAGCCUCAGAUUGCUGCCCUGGCCAAGAACUUCUUCAACGAGCUGUCCCAUAAGGGCAAUGCAAUCUAUAAUCUCCUUCCAGAUAUCAUCAGCCGCCUGUCGGACCCUGAGGGUGGGGUGGAGGAAGAGCCCUUCCACACCAUCAUGAAGCAGCUUCUCUCCUACAUCAACAAGGACAAGCAGACAGAGAGCCUGGUGGAGAAGCUGUGCCAGCGGUUCCGCACAGCCCGAACUGAGCGGCAGUACCGGGACCUGGCCUACUGUGUGUCACAGCUGCCCCUCACAGAGCGCAGCCUCCGCAAGAUGCUUGACAAUUUCGAUUGCUUUGGAGAUAAGCUGUCAGACGAGGCUGUCUUCAGUGCUUUUUUGUUGGUUGUGGGCAAGCUGCGGCGUGGGGCCAAGCCUGAGGGCAAGGCUAUCAUAGAUGAAUUUGAGCAGAAACUUCGGGCCUGUCACACCAGAGGUUUGGAUGCAAUGGAGGAGCUUGAGCUUGGCCAAGGGGCCCCAUCAGCCACCAAGAAACAAUCAGCCAUCCCUAGGCACCAGCAUCUGGCUUCUGCUGCCUCUGACAAUGACUUUGUCACGCCUGAGCCCCGACGUACUACCUAUCGGUAUCCAAACAGCCAGCAUCAAACUUCUAAAAAGAAACCCAAAAUUGUCUUCUCAAGUGAUGAGUCCAGCGAGGAAGAGCUUUCAGCAGAGCUGACAGAUGAUGAGACACCCAAGAAAACCACCCCCAUCCGCCGAGUGUCCUCUCGCAGGCACAGAUCCUGAGAGGUCACCUUGCCUGUUCCCAUCCCUGCUGUGCAGGGAAUCUUGUGGGGUGACCUGGAACUCCAUUCCCCUUGUAAAAUAUUUAUUUGCCUGUCUCCUUGUUUUUAAUGCAUACGUGAUCUUGAUAAUGCAAAGCAUUUCUCUUAAAGCCAGCCUACCUGAACAGUACUACUGUCUCUUUGGAAUAUAUGUUUGCUAAUUUCCUUGUUUUCUAAUGAAUAAAUUGUUUUAUAUACUUCUA